CUAGUUCCGUCUUAGUUCAUUGAUUUAACCUGCUGGAUACUGAGUUUUAAACUUCCACGUGACAGUUGAUGGACAAUUUGGCAGUUGUGUAGAUUGUAAUUGAUUACAAUCCAGCGAAAACUCAUGACAACACGGUUACUCGCAAUGUAAAUGAUAAAAACAAUGUAACGAUUAUACUUUUGUCAUAUCAGAGUACUAGUGAUGGAAAAAUGAAGUUUUAAGAAAAAUUUCUAUUAUACAGUCGCUGUAACAAUUUCAGUAACAUAUCAGUACGAGUAUAAUUCUGAAUAUCAAUACUGAAGCAAAUAUGACGAACGGUUGAUUAGAUUAUGAAAUUCAACAAUCGCGUAUGUGUAAAUUUGAUUAAGUGAAUAGAUGACAUUUCACGAUAUUAAACCCGCGGAUUUUAAAUACUAAAUUUAUGUGUGAAGAUCUCUUGAAGACUCGUACUACUCGGAAAUCUGUUAGAUGUAAAUCUAUUUUGAAAAUGGAGGAAGCGGCUAAUGAAAAAGUCGGAAGCCCAAAAAACAUGGCUGAGGCAAAUGAUGUAGGUAAGAAGAUAACAAAAGAGGAAUCUGUUGAUCAGUUGAAAUCUCAGCUUGGCAUGCUUAUGAAUUCAUUAGCGACACUUUCAGCAGAAAAGUCAAAAAUGGAAGCUAAUUUUCAAGCUGAUAAGAAGCAUUUGCGUAGUGAACGAGAAGAGUGUGAAAACGUUAUCAAAGAUCUGAAAGAAAAACUGAAACGUGCACAAAGUCACAUACACUCCGAAGUGGAGCAUGUCAAAUAUAAAUUAAUCAUGGAGCGUCAUGAACGAGAAAAGGAGCAAGCUGACCAUUCAGCAAUGAUAAAAGAACUUCAAAGGUUGCUUAAUAAUGAAAGACGUGCAAAGGAACAGUUAGAACAACAAUUAAAAGAAGUAAAAAAUCAAGUAUUUAAUAAAGUACAAAAUAAAAUCUUGGAAGCUGAGUUGGAGGUUGUUAGAAAUAAACUUCAAGAAGCUGAAUCAGCAGCCAAAGAAACUCCACCGCUACUCCUUUCAUUACAAGCUGAAAUGGCUGCAAUGAAACAGCAGCAUCACAAGGCAAUUUCAGAAGAACAAAAAAGAGCAGCGGCUGCUGAACAGCAAGCUCGAGCAUUAGCGAUGACACAUGAGGCAAGAGUCGUAAGCUUAGAGGCGCGAUUAGCAGAACUUUCUGAAAUAGUUGGAGAGUACGACAGACUAAGAUUACAAGAUCAACAAGCUAUUCAAAAAUUAAAAACUCAACUGACUAAUUUACAUGAAUUGGGAAACAAGAGCACAAAAACAAACCUUGAUAAUGAUUCGGAGACGAUCGCGGCAAAAAUAAAAGUGUUGUAUGGCCGACUUUUAGAUUUAGAAAAUAAAGAAAACAAUGUAUCGUGCAUUAAAGAACUGCUAAAUAAUUUAAAUCUUCGUGAAGCAAAUGAAGACGUAUCAUAUAAAGAAAAGUAUGAACUCCUUCAGCAAGAAUUUGAGGAAUAUAGGCAACAAACAAUGACCAAAGAUAAUUUUCUGAAAGAUUCCCAAAAUGUAAUGCAGCGAUCUUGUUCUGCAAAAGAUUCGGACGAGAAAGAACACAGUAAAGUACAGUUGUCUCUUAUUAAAACACACUGUAAAAAUUUGGAGGAAAGGGUACGAGUGUUGAACGCUGAAGUGGCCAAUAAAGAGACUGAAGCUAAAAUGAAAUUAGAAUACCAACAGCAGCUUCAGCAGGAAGAGCGUAGAAAAUACGAAAAACAAUUACUUAAGAAAGAUAGCGAAUUUCGCGGUCGCAUUUCUGCUCUGGAGCAACAAUUACUGCGCCAACGACAAAGGUCCGUGGCUCUGAUCGAAGAAAAAGAACAGGAAAUUAUUACGUUGAAGACAUCUUUUCAAGCUUUACUGCCAAAGAAGGAGUCCGUCUCGGCUGAAAAUUCUGACGCUAAGCCGUUCGAUUCGAACGUGUCCGAGCCGGCUGCAGACUUAGUUACCGGCCUCCUGAAUAAAGAUAGUCCUCCCAUGCUGCACUAUGCGCAAGAACUUGCUAGAAGAGAAGUUCAAGUAUCGGGUCUUCGAAAGUCUAACACGAAAUUGGAAGCAACAUUGCGGGAAAAACAGAGGGAGCUUUUUCACGAAGCGGAGAGACACAAGGGCGAAGUAAGCAGGCUACAAGCACAGAUCGAAAGGCUAGAAGCUUGUAAAUCCAGAGAAGGAGCUAAUCUCGAGUACCUGAAAAAUGUUUUUGUAAAUUACCUAAGUACCAGUGAUACAUCGAGUAAGCGACACAUGUUGAAUGCCAUUUCAACGUUACUCCGAUUUACCCCCGACGAAGUACAGAAAAUUCGACGUUUUAAGUAAGUCCAUGAAACAGUGAAGCUAACUAAAGCCGAAUUCCCGAUCCGUUCUUACAUCAAGUUAUGCAAAAAUCGGUAAAAGGGAGAGGAAAUAAAAGCUAAUUGAGUUGCACUAUUCUAGGAAAUCUAGUUUCCUGAUAUUAACCAAUAUAUAGUAUGCACAUUUGUAGACAGUUAUAGUCCUUAAAUUGGAUGAUGUAAAAAUCAGAAGGAACCUAGGAUAUAGAAAUAAUAAUGAUUUAA